AUGUCGAACAAUACAAAAAAUAGAUUCACCUGUACAAACUGCAAAACUAUUACAAGCAAGUCUCCAAAAUCAAACGCUGCUGAAAUAAAUUUUGGUUCUCCAAUGGAAAAAAACAUUGAAGAACUUAUGAAGUCGGUAUCGUUUAUGAGCGCACAGUUUGAUAAUUUUAGUAACAAACUUGAUAAUGUAAUCAUUGAAAUAAAAAAUAUUAAAAUUGAAAACAAGAAAAUAGUAACAGAGAAUAAACGUCUAUCGGAAGAAGUUGAUAUCUUAAAAUCAAAAAUUGAUGAAAUGGAACAGUACAACUUAGGAAUAUCCAGUGGAUAUUACUGUUUAAUUGUAGCAAAGUUAGCUACACUUGAAAUGAAAAAAAAUUUAAUUCGCAACGUGAAGUCCAAUAAACUAACAACUGAAAAAAUGAGUAAUGAGUGGCCCAAAGAAAAUAUUUAUGCAAAUGAGAGACUCACGAAACUCAGAAGAACACUUUUUUAUCAAACGAAAGUAGCUGCUACAACAAAAGAAUACAAAUUUGUCUGGGUGUCCAAUGGAGAUAUUCUUGUGAGAAAAAAUGAAAACUCAAAAAUCGUAAAAAUCAAGUCAUCUCAAGACAUCAAUAAUUUGUAG